AUGCCAUCUCCAGGAUUUCGCCGCAGAGCGAAGCAGGCUUGCGAGACGUGCAAGCUGCGGAAACGGCGAUGCGACGGUCACGAACCCUGUUCGUUCUGCCUUCGCUACGAGUAUCACUGCUCGUUCAAGCCGCCCGCUCCGAGGAAACCUGCAGGGCGGAAUGCCGGCGGAACGUCCAGGCGCCCCAGCGAGGAGCUCGCUGAGUCAAGCGAGAUGGCCAACGGUAGAACGACGAGCGUGGAUCAGGAAAAGAUGGAGGCCAACUCAGGCACCGCCUUCCCUCAUCUGCUGGGCAUGAGACUGAAUCCCCAGAGCGCCCCGAAAGUACAUGGCUUCAGCUGGAAUCUAGGCCCGCGAGACGAGCCCGCGCAGGCAUUUACCAACAUCACUACCAUGAUUUCAGCGCGAGAGAUGGAAGAUCUUGUGACGCAUUAUUUGAAGAAGAUACAUCCCCUUUACGCCAUUCUCGAUCCCGACACCUUGCAUCAGAAAGUCGUGGAGCGGUGGGAAGUCGUGCACGCCAUCGACAGCUACGAUCCGGUUCUUUGCAUGGUCGCCGCGCUGGGAUCGCUGUUUUCGGGGCACAACGCCCAUCCGAACGAGAACGCCAUGGUCCAGUGCGCAAAGGAGAUGCUAGAGACGACCUGCAUCCGAAAAGAAGCCCUCCUGCACCAUGCCACGGCCUGGCUCUUGCGGACAUUGUACCUCCGCAGCACCAACUCCCCCCACGCCUCCUGGAUGGCGAGCUGCUCCACUAUGCAUAUGAUCGAGGCGACCGGAGCCCAUCAGGACCCCGAUCUGGUCUCCUUGGUGUACUCCGACACCGCCCACGUCUCCGUCGGCGAAGAGAGCCACCGAAGGCUGUUUUGGGUCGCUACAGUGUUGAAUUCGUGGAUUUCCUACGAGUACGGCCGGUCACGGGUGUUACUCCGCGGUGUUUCCUGCAAGACGCCGCUUCCGCGACCUGGCGACUUCACGUCGGAGUUGAUUGCGCUCUACCAGAUCUCCGAGCGGCUGGAUCCUGAUCAACCGAACAGAGCAUCCGACCUUGAGGAUGCUUUGACCCGCCUGGAGCGGCUCACGCUUUCCCAUGAUGCGCUGGUUUUGUCGCAGAGCAACGUGGCGCUAACCAUCUACCGCCGCUUACGGGUCGCUUCUCCGAACAUCUCGAGCGACAUCCUCACUCGCAUCAUCCGGCUGGGUAACGAUGGCCUUGAUGCUGCGGUGCGAAUAGCGAUGGAGCGCUGUCCGUGGUGGCAUGUCGCCAACGUCCCUUUCCAAUUUAUCUGCAUCUUGCUCGCCAUGGACUCUCGGGAGUCUUUAUCACAAGUCGGGCCUGCCCUUCGCUCGUUCCGCGCCAUCGCCCGAUACUUCAGCACGUCGAUGCUGCACACAGCACUCGAAACGAUCGAAUCUUUAGUCCGAUUGUCGCAAAACAAGAAAGAGCGAGACCUGGCGCUGUUGAGGGAGAGUAUGCAAGCCGAUGCUUCCGGGUCGCUCGAGCAUAUGCCGCUCACGGCACCACCCUUCAGCGCUGCCUCGUGGACAGGAACGACGUCCGACAUCGCGUCGCUAGGAAAUUUCGACUGGGACUGGACCGCGUUUCUGGAGAAUCAAGGUCCUCUCUUUGACGAAGGUGCAUAA